GCCCAGAGCCCGCGAAGGCACAAGGUGGCGGCGGCCGGAGCCGUGAGGUGGCGCGGCGGGGAUCGACACGGCCUGGCGGCCAUCACCCGAGAGCGGGAAGGCGGAGGGGCCGCCUCCAGCCCCUUCCCUGCGGCUGUGCUGCGGUCCGCGGCGGCCCUGAGGGGAAGUGGGGGAGCGGUUGCGAGGCGCGGCCUGGGUCCCGCGCAGUGUGAGGCGCUGAGCGGCCCACCUGAGAGGUGUCCCAGCUGGGACUCGCCCGUGGUAAAGGGACGAGCUUCCAGAAAAAGUGGCAAAUUCCCGACAGGAGAUUUUUGCAGCGCUGUGUCUCUGCGGUGUGCAGCAGAAGGGCAGCGAGUGCCAUCCCGCACAUCCACCCGUACCUCGCAGCACCACGGCCAGGGGCUGCGGGCGCCGCCGCCACCGGGGUUCAACAUGUCUAGUACCAUCCAGGAAACACCUACACUUGAAGAUUCUUAUUCAGAAAACAUUGAUGCUAAGCUGUCCUUUCUACCUGAAAGACUGAGAAAGAAGCUACUUCCUUUUCAGGAGAAAGGCAUCAUAUUUGCACUUCAGAGAAGUGGCAGGUGCAUGAUUGCUGAUGAGAUGGGGCUAGGUAAAACGAUUCAAGCAAUUGCUGUUUCCUACUACUAUAAACAUGAGUGGCCUCUCUUAAUUGUAGUGCCAUCAUCUCUGAGAUACCCUUGGGUUGAUGAGAUGGAGAAGUGGAUUCCAGAACUCUCUCCAGAUGAUAUUAGCAUAAUUCAGAACAAAACUGAUACGGGGAGAAUAUCAAGCAGCAAAGUAACAAUUCUGGGGUAUGGCCUGUUAACUUCUGAUGCACAGACUUUAGUAGACACUUUGUACAGGCAGAACUUUAAGGUAGUUGUGAUUGAUGAAUCACACUACAUGAAAUCCAGAAAUGCCACUCGCAGCAAGAUUUUGUUGCCAAUUGUACAGAAAGCCCACAGAGCUAUUCUUCUUACUGGAACUCCUGCUCUAGGAAGACCUGAAGAGCUUUUUAUGCAGAUUGAGGCAUUGUUUCCAGGAAGAUUUGGAACUUGGAGUGAAUAUGCCAAAAAAUACUGCAAUGCUCGUGUCAGGUUUUUUGGUAGAAGAACUAUGUGGGACUGUAGAGGAGCUUCAAAUUUAGAAGAACUACAUCAACUUUUAAGUGAAAUAAUGAUCAGAAGACUGAAGAAUGAUGUUCUGACUCAAUUACCUCCCAAAGUUAGGCAACGUAUCCCGUUUGACCUCCCACAAGCUGCAGCUAAGAAUUUGAAUGCCACUUUUGCAGAGUGGGAGAAAUUAAUGAGAAAUUUGAAUUCAGAUGCCACUGAAAGCCAGUUUUCUCAAGUCAUGAAUCUAAUCACACGCAUGUAUAAAGAAACAGCCGUUGCCAAGGCAGGAGCAGUAAAGGACUAUAUCAAAAUGAUGCUUGAAAAUGACAAACUGAAGUUUCUAGUUUUUGCUCACCAUUUAAGCAUGCUUCAAGCCUGUACAGAGGCAGUUAUAGAAAAUAAGGUUCGCUACAUCCGAAUAGAUGGCAGUGUUCCUUCUGUGGAAAGAACCCGUCUCGUUAAUCAGUUCCAGAAGGACCCUGAUACCCGGGUUGCUAUUUUGAGUAUUCAGGCAGCUGGUCAGGGUUUAACUUUCACUGCUGCUACUCAUGUCGUGUUUGCUGAAUUAUAUUGGGAUCCAGGCCAUAUUAAGCAAGCAGAAGACAGAGCACACCGAAUUGGACAGUGCAGCUCUGUCAACAUUCACUUCCUGAUUGCAAAAGGGACGAUGGAUACUCUGAUGUGGGCGAUGCUGAAUCGUAAGUCCAAAGUUACAGGCAGCACCUUGAAUGGCAAGAAAGAGAAAAUGCAAGCUGAAGAAGGUGAUAAGGAGAAAUGGGAUUUUUUGAGCUUUGCUGAGACCUGGACCCCAAAUGAAAGUCUAGAAGAUUCCAAAAGUGAUCUUUUAUUUACACAUUUUGAAAAGGAAAGACAGCACGAUAUUCGUUCUUUCUUUUCCCCCAAAUCCUCUACUGAGAAGAAACGCAAAGUAAUUUCUGAUAAUGAAACAUUGCAAAAGGAUUCAGAAUCCUCUGAAGUCACCAAAGAGGAGGAUGUGGAGAAAAGCAAUGAAAACCUGGGUUCCACGAGAAGUAGUGAUGAGGAUACAAUCUGUCAUGAUAGUACCUGUGAACGUGAGGCUAAAAGAGCAAGAAGCGUAAGUGGAUCUACUCCAGUCAACUCCAGUAAGAAGAAGAAAACAUCUUUAACUGGAAAAAAACUCUCUUUGUUUCCAGAAAAAGUCAAUGAAGUCCUUCCUUGUGGUUUAAAUACCUCAAGUAAAAGUACAGCUUUGAAUCAUGUUUGGCACUGUGGCAUUUGCACUUACAGUAAUAGUGAAUUGCUCCCUUACUGUGAGAUGUGCAAUUGUCCUCGGAGCACUAAUGUAGAGAAAAACUGUGAAGCUCCCAUGAGCCAAACUGAGGCAGGUGUGUCAGAGGACUCUGGGAGAAGUGAAGAGAAAGCAGAAUGCAACGCUGAAGACAGAAGAGAAGACUUGGGGGAAAUGGUGACCCAGCAAUAUGUCACACUCAGCAAACAGGAAAGUGUUGAAAUUGAAAAUGAAGAAAGUGAAAAAAAGUGUGGAGAAGGAGACAUAGAUGAGUCAGACACAUUUGAAAUAUAUGAUGGGCUUAUGUUUUGUGCAAGCAGGAAUACUGACAGAAUUCAUCUCUAUACAAAGGAUGGUGAACCACUGAAUCAUAACUUCAUUCCGUUGGACAUACAGCUGGAUAACUGGGAGGACUUACCAGAGGCUUUCCAGCACAAACCCAAUCGUUCCUCGAUACUGAGGUUUGUGAAGGAAUGGAGUCACCUAACAGCAAUGAAACAGAAGAUGGUCAGAAAAAGCGGUCAGAUAUUUUGUAGUCCUCUCCAUGCUGCAGAGGAGCUGUCUAAAAAGCAGCCAGUGGUCAGCAGCACUAAAAGGUAUGUGACCAAGGAGGAUGUAGCAGCAGCCUCUCUUACCAAGGCCCACAGCAGCGGGGGCAGCGUCCGCCUCAUCUCCAGAGCCAGUGGAGUUUGUCUGCAGAAGGCAAAUGCUUCACCUAAACAAUUGGGUCAUGCCACAAAGAAGAAGGGAGACAAGAACAUGAGAACUAUAGACAGAAAAUGCCCUUUUACAAGAAGCAAUGUGUAUCCUGCCUGGGGGUUGCUGUCAGAAAAUGGAAAAGGUCCCUCAGCUCUUCCCUCAGAGCUGACUGAAGCUGAAGGCCCCUCCCUGUCCCAGGGCUACCUGCAAGCCUUGGACAGCCAAGGGAACCCGCUGUGCCUCAGCUGCCAGCAGCCCACGGCUCGGCUGGAGCCGGGCUGCCAGGUGCGUGCCUGGGACACACGCUUCUGCUCCCACACCUGCCAGGAGGACUUCUCCAUUCGCUCAAGCCAGAGCUACCUCAGGACUAAAGUGUUUGAAAUUGAACAUGGUGUUUGCCAGUUCUGUCAUCAGAACGCUCAGGAGCUUUAUCUCAGCGUCAGGGAUGCACCCAAGAGUCAGCGGAAGGAACUUCUGGAGAGUUCUUGGAUGUCUCAUCUUCCCCUUGGGCAGCUGAAUGAAAUGAUCACCAACCCAACAGAAGGGCAGUUCUGGCAGGCAGACCACAUCCGGCCCGUUUACAGCGGCGGCGGCCAGUGCUCCCUGGAGAACCUGCAGACGCUGUGCACAGCCUGCCACAGAGAGAGAACAGCCCAACAGGCCAAGGAGAGGAGUCAGCUGAAGAGACGUUCUUUGGCUACCAAGUAUGGCUGCGAUAUCACCAAAUUCUUUGUGAAGAUGUGAAAUGCACAAGCUACUCAGUUACAUUCUAACUCAGAAACCACUAGAGUUGCACAGUUCUCCUCACAGUGAUUUUUAAAAAGAAAUCCUUAUUGUGGAGCACAGUGUUGGUAGAGGGAAGGAAAUACAGGCUUCAACCCAAGGAAUCAUUGGUAAGGGUAAAUGGCAGAGGGCUGGGGGUGGCUGCAGCCUGGGUACUUGAUCAUGGUUGUAUUUUUAUGACCCUGUGGUUUAAAGCUCAGUUUCUGUGUGGAACCCUUACUGCUGUGCAUUGUUUUCCUAGUACACUCUAGAUACAGCUGCAAGAAUUCCAAGUGCUCUUGAAACUUCUCGUGGUCUUACAGGGUUCAGUUCUAUUGGGGACAGCUUGGUCCAAGAAGGUAUCUUCAGUUUAAAUUUUAUUCUUUGUUCACAUACCAAAACUGCUGGAGAAAACACAGGCUCUGCUAUCUGCUAUGGCAAAAAUAGCAUGAGUGAUUUGUCUCUUCAAAGCCCGUCUCCCAUGGUUCUGACCAGCAUGAGGGCCCCCGGGCACUGAGCCUGACUUGCAGCCCUUUGGCACUUACAAUUAAUGGCUAGUGCUGUCUGUUUUUCCUUGAACCAGCUUGUAUUAAGAACUUAUUCAUGCUGCAGAAGCAGAGCUAUUACCAAUGACCUCAGCAACGGGAAUUCCUUAGAAAUGCUAUUUGCAGAAAUGCUGGUUAGUUUGAGCUCUUUAUGUGGCUUUUGUUCUUUAUGGUUACUUCAAAUAAAUCCAUUUCUC